AUGCCUCAGUCAUCACACCGAGACGAUUUCUUCCAGACGGACGCCUCGAUAGAGGACAAUGAUCGCAAGAUCGCCAAGUCCAAGAAUGAACAUGGCAGUCCGAUCAGGCUCCAAAGCAAAAUACUGGCGAUUGCGGCAGAUCCGUUGGCUUCACAGUCUGUCUUCGUGGCCGAGAGCGCGGGCACAAUACGAAAAGUAUCUCUAGAAACUGGCGAGACAUUGGCUCUAUACAGAGGCCCAACUGCUCCUCUAACGAGUCUUACGUUCAGUCCUGACGGCAAAUUGCUAUUUGCUGGCUGUUGGGACAAGACAGUUUGGAGCUGGGACGUGCGGUCCAGGCAGCCGCAGCGAAGAUACGAAGGCCAUUCUGAUUUUGUAAAGUCCGUUACAUGUGCUCGCAUAAACGGUCAGGACAUUCUUAUAUCUGGCGGCGCGGACUCCAAGAUCAUCGUUUUCGGGAUUGCCGGCGGCGAGCGAUUGCAAGUGCUGAAAGAUCAUCUGAGGGGCGUCCAAGACUUGUGCAUUGAUCCUACCACGCUGGAUGAAAACCAAACUAGUACUAUAAAACUAUUUUCAGCCGGCAGCGAACGUGAGAUCCGCGAAUACACGAUUGGAAUUGGAACUUCUCAUGUUGAGGGGCCGUUGAUUGCUCAUGAGACGAGCGUGUAUAAGUUAUAUUUUGACGAAGAUGGCGAUUUGUGGACUGCCUCCGCCGACAACUCUACCAAGUGCCUUACGCGAGAUAGUGGCUGGAAAGCGAACCUAGUGCUCGAACACCCGGAUUUUGUGAGAGACGUAGUGGUCUUUGAGCAAGGGGGCUGGGUCAUAACCGCCUGCCGGGACGAAGAAGUGCGAGUGUGGAACAAGGCAACGGGCGAGCUUUAUCAUACCUUCACCGGGCAUUUUGAAGAAGUGACUGGCUUGCUAUUGUUAGGAAGCCUGGUUGUUAGUGUCAGCAUCGAUGCGACCAUUCGGAAAUGGAGCCUGCGACCAGCAGACUUGCAAAAGUCCAAAGAGGAGGCGGAAAAGAAGCCGAAGGAAGAAGAGCAGCCGAAGCAGGAAUCCAUGCUGACCGAAGAAGAGGAACGGGAGCUGGCUGAGCUGAUGGCGGACGAUGAAUGA